UGUAGAAAGCAGUGUGAAAUUUCAAGUGUUAUUUCUGAAAUGAUGUUCGGCCGGCAUGGAAUCCUGGUUUUCAUUUGCAUAUUUUUCUUUUGCGCCUCGUGGUGUCAAACUGUAAACAAGUAUUCUAAAGAGGCGAACCAGCCUGAACUUGUGUUAGAUGGAGAUAAAGAGUCCUGGAAAAAUAUGGACAAGCCAUUUCGGCUGGCCAAAAUAAAUUUAAUUUGGGCGAAAGCUCAAAAGAGGCUAACGGAAUUCAAGCUAAAAACUCUGUAUAGUGAACUAAAAGUGCAGGAUAAAGAAGAAUUGCAGCUUAAAAGGCUCAAAGCUGACAACAUGGACAAAGAUGGUCUUUUAGAAGCAGAUUUGAGGAGAAAAUUUGGCAGCAUCAUUGAACGCUAUGGAUUGGGAGAACACUUUGAUAAAGACAAGCCAAAUUCCGAAUCAAAUGAUGCCUACAACCAAGCCAGUAGCCACAGUCUCUUCAAAGAUAAGAAACUGAAUAAGCUUUGGCUGAAAGCAGAAAGUGCUGGAUUCACAGAAUCUGAACUGAAAAUGCUCAAGGAUGAAUUUACUCAUCACCAGGAGAAAGUAUUGCAAUAUUACAGCCUCCUAGAAGAGCACAAUAGUAGGAAGCUACGAGAAGAAAAUGCCUUUGUUAAUGAAGCUUUUAUGGAAAAUCUCCAAGAUUUGGAAGAAAAAGCUGAUGCAACAGUGAAAAACUCAUCUGUUGAAGGGGUUAGAAAUACCCAUCGGGAGUUGAAACAUGGCUACGACCGGCUUGAACGCAUGACCCUAUUGGGCCCCAAAAGCAGAGAUUUCGAAGAACCAAAAGUUCAGGGACUGUGGAAAAUAGCUCUCAAGGGCGACUUCAGCUCUGAAGAAUUGGAGUCACUCCGCACCGAAUUGCGUCAUUACGAGCAGCGGUUACAAAAGCUACGAUUCAUUCAGGCCCAGCACUCUCUGCAACAGGCAAAAACGGAAAGUAGCAACGAGAAAAAUAAUUCUGAAAAUGUCAAUGAUCUGCGCCAGAAAAUCAAACUACAAUCUCGCAAAGUAGAAAAGUUGCAUGCAGACUUAGAAGCUCGCAUCACGCAACGCCACCUUGAGCUCUGAAAAAAUUGUCUAAGCAGUUUUUCUCCACUAUUGGAUAAUUUAUAAUCAGUACAAGGGCGGUUGAUGUCCAACUUUUCAUUUUACUUACACACUUCUCAACAAAUAUAAUGCUUUUUUCUGCCAGAUUUAUUAUAGAUUGCAGUCUACGAAGUACGGUGCAUCGCACAUAUCCAUUAACGAAUAGAAAUGUAUUUACAUUGAUGAUAUAUCCCGCAAAUAAUACUU